ACCAGAAUUUUCUCGAAAAAGCACGUUCUAAUUCAUUUCGACGUCAUUCUAGUGAUUCUACACUUGCCGAUUGUGUUUCGCUGAAGUUGAAACGCGCUACUCAGUGAAAUCUUGUGAAAAAUAAUACUUGAAAUAACUUUUUGAAUUUUGUAGCAGAAGAAAAGUGUUUGCAUUUAUUGGUGUGAAAGGUAAAAAUGGUGAAGGAGACUACCUUUUAUGACAUUUUGGGCGUCAAGCCAAGCUGCACUACAGAUGAACUGAAAAAAGCUUACAGGAAAUUAGCUUUAAAAUACCAUCCCGACAAAAAUCCCAAUGAAGGGGAGAGAUUUAAGCAGAUCUCUCAAGCCUAUGAGGUGCUGUCAAACCCAGACAAGAGGAGGAUUUAUGAUCAAGGAGGUGAACAGGCUCUCAAAGAGGGAGGUGGCGGCGGUGGUGGCUACUCCUCGCCCAUGGACUUGUUUGACAUGUUCUUUGGAGGUGGAUUCAGUGGUGGACGACGUGGACGUCGAGAAAGAAAAGGCAAAGAUGUCAUCCAUCAACUCUCUGUCACUCUGGAAGAUCUUUACAAAGGUGCAGUCCGAAAGUUGGCUCUUCAAAAGAAUGUAAUCUGUGAUAAGUGUGAAGGACGAGGUGGAAAGAAGGGAGCAGUGCAAACUUGUACCACCUGUCGUGGUUCUGGAAUGCAAGUGCAGAUUCAACAGCUCGGUCCUGGUAUGCUUCAACAAAUCCAAACUGUGUGCUCAGAGUGCCGUGGUCAACGAGAAAUUAUUGAUCCCAAAGACCGCUGCAAAGUUUGUCAGGGACGCAAAACUGUCAGAGAGCGUAAGAUUCUAGAAGUGCACAUUGAUAAGGGUAUGAAUGAUGGUCAGAAAAUAGUAUUUAGUGGAGAAGGUGACCAGGAACCGGAGCUAGAACCUGGUGAUCUUAUUAUUGUCCUGGACGAGAAAGAACAUGAGGUAUUCAAGCGAUCUGGAAAUGAUUUGAUAAUCAGAAUGAAUAUUGAGUUGGUUGAAGCGUUGUGUGGUUUCCAAAAAGUAAUAAGAACUUUGGAUGACAGGGAUAUAGUUGUAACUGUAUUACCUGGAGAGGUGACCAAACAUGGCGAUGUCAAGUGUGUUAUGAAUGAAGGUAUGCCCAUGUACAAAAAUCCAUUUGAAAAGGGACAACUCAUAAUGCAAUUCUUAGUUAAUUUCCCGAACCGCAUUCCACCUGAAGUCAUUCCAGCAUUAGAAAAUUGCCUUCCACCUAGACCUGUGGUCGAAAUUCCCGAGUUGGCUGAGGAGUGUCAGCUGAUGGACUUGGAUCCAGAAAUGGAGAACAGACGACGACGCGCCCACGCCGGGGCAGCUUAUGACGAGGACGAUGACCAGCCUGGCAUGAACAGAGUACAGUGCGCCACUGGCUAAACUACUUACAUCAUAUUAUGCACCUUCUAUGGACCUAUGUAACAGGAUCUUUGGCUUCAUUCCUAGAGCUGUAUAUUGGUUUACAACUGUUGUAAUGUGUUUCAUGUCACUUGCAAUUUACAUAGUUUAUUUUGUAAUCUUACUCAUUUGAGUAUAACAAAAUAUUCUGUAAACUGUUCAUGCACUGGUUCUGUAUUUCUGUCUCACAAUAAACUUAUUUAUUUUAA